CUGCGUUCGGGGCCCCAUCCCAUCCACGCUCAUGAGCUUCUCUCCCCCCACCCUUCUCUCGCCCCUCUCUAUUCCAAUUUGCGGCUUCUCCAGAUCUUUCGUGUACGAACGCUGGCUCGCUCACUCGCGCCCCCCUCCUCUACACUCCACAACUACAGACAGACUCGGUCAAGCAUGCGCGUGGGAAUUGUGGGAAGCGGCGUGUCGGGAUUAUCAGCUGCUUGGGCUCUGAAUGAACAUUCGCAGCAUCAAGUCACGCUGUUCGAAGCUGGGGAGAAGGUGGGGGGACACACCAACACGGUAUGGUUUGAGCCACCUGUGGGACAAGCGGGAGACAAGCAGCAGGGGUGUUGGGUCGAUACCGGGUUCAUCGUCUUCAACGAGGUGACGUAUCCCAACUUUCUCCGAUUCCUCAAGCAUCUGGACAUUGCCAUUUUGCAAUCCGACAUGUCCUUUUCCGUCUCUCGUUCCUUUGCUCCCUCCUUGCCCUUCUUUCGCACAAACAAGAGCGAUGAGCCAUCAAAGUCGCAACAGCAGCAGCAGCAGCAAUCUCAGAGGGGCGCUUUCGAAUGGUCGGGUUCCGGACCUGCAGCUCUUUUCUGCCAAUUGGAAAACCUGCUGGACCCUUCGCAUUGGAGAAUGGUGUGGGACAUCAUCAGGUUCAAUCAUCAGAGUCUCGAUUCGCUGCGAGAUGCGCGAAACGGCAAGGCUGUGAACGGCAACAUUGGCAGCUGGUUGGAUCAGAGGGGCUACGGAGACGCGUUCAGGAACAAUUACCUCAUCCCAAUGACGGCUUGCAUCUGGUCCACACCUCCCGGUCUAGCAUUCUCUGCUUUCCCAGCUCUCACCCUGCUUAGAUUCAUGCACAAUCACCAUCUCCUCCAAAUACUCGAUCGGCCAGUCUGGUUGACGAUCAAAGGGGGCAGCAAGAAUUACGUGGACAGGAUCCUUGCCAAAUUGCCCGAUGCAGCUUUGAAAGUGGGAGAAGAGGGUACUGUGGUCAGCGCGAAGAGGGAUGAAGGGACGGGAGAGUGGGUGAUAAAGACGAGGAGUGGAGGGGAGCACGUGUUUGAUCGAGUCGUCUUUGCGUGCCAUGCUGAUCAAGCCAGGGCAAUACUGCAAGGAACGACGAGCAAGGCGCUCGAAUCCACACUAGCUCGUUUUCACUUCAACAAGAACGUGGCUGUGCUGCACUCGGAUGAGAAGCUCAUGCCGGUGCGCAAAAGUGCUUGGUCCGCUUGGAAUUUUCUGGCCGUUUCAAAGGAUAAGAAAUCGUUGGAUGAGGACCGAGUGACUUUGACAUACUGGAUGAACCUGCUUCAAUCUUUGCCCGAGGAGAAACAUGGACACGUGCUCGUCACGCUCAACCCUUCGCCCGACUCUCAGCCCGCACCUCAAAAAAUCAAGGGCAGCUACUCGUACGAGCACCCCUUGUACACCGAACAAUCCGUCGCUGCUCAAGCGCAGUUGAGAGAAAUGCAAGGCGUGGGCGGCGCGUACUUUGCCGGAGCUUGGACCAACUACGGAUUUCAUGAAGAUGGUUUCAGCUCGGGCUUGAGGGCUGCCAUUGCGCUUGGAGCCAAGACGCCAUUCGAAGCUAGCCCAGCAGAGAGGGAAAUCCCACCUUUCAACCUGCUCAUCUACACCUUGCUCAACCUGAUCGAAAAGAGUCGAGCCAUAUCGGCCCCGCUCUUUGCGCUCCUACUCGCACCCGCCAUCAUUAUGCUCACCCUGGCCAUCGAACAUCUCGUCGGCCUUACAAAGGUGAACGAGGAGCGCGUGAAAAGGUUUGCGAAUGUGAACAGAAAUGUGCGGAUGUUUUGGGAAGGCGAACUUCAAAGCAAGUGGGGCUUUUUGCGAGGGGCGAAUGAGAGAAAGAAGGCCAGGUAGUGCGGCAAGUGUCAUGGCCCCGCGCCCCAGAAAGCUAUCGUGCAGACUGAUGUACACGAGAUGCGCUCGUACGUCCUUUCCCAUACCACUUGUUCGUGGACUCUAGAACUCGAGAGCAAUAAUGUCAACCAUUUCGAUCCUUC